AUGGCUACUAGAACUCCCCGGGUUGGCUCGAAGACGCCACGUGCGCCGGUUGUAAGGUUGCAACUGGUACGACUACGGUGGAGCUUCAUUUUGUUUAUUGUCUUGGGAUUAUUGGCAAUAAUCAGUUCAGAAAUCUAUAUCUUCGAGGGUAUCCGACAGACCUGGUACUCAUCACUCAAGCCAAUCUCAGUCAUGCGCAGCAUCAUCUUCCUUUCUGUGGCAGCCUCUGUGCUGGGUAAAUCCGUCCCUGCGGACACCUUUUACCCCCCAUCGGUGAAUGAUACAUCAUACAUCACCGACAGCUCGAUUGGCACCUAUGGCGCUACCUAUGAAGCUCCAACCAAGGGCCCGACCAGCGGCACCCCCUACGGCGCCUAUCACUACUGUGCUAUGCCGCACCCUCGUUCGAAGGAAUACGAGCUACCCGAAGCUCUGACCAAGGGAUCCACUAAGGGAAAGAUCGUGUAUCUGGAGUAUCUCCAGCGUCACCAGCGACGAACUCCCUACAACAUUUUCCCCGGUGGAGAGGACCAAGAAUAUCGCUGUGAGAAUGUGCGCCCGUAUCUCUACGCCGGCGCCAACAGCAAUAGUGGUGUCCAGCCCAUUGAGAUGUAUCAGCAGACAUACGAGGACCCCACCAACCCCUUCUCGCCUGGUGUGAGCGGUACCUGCCAGUACCCCCAGAUGACCAUUGGAGGGAUCCAGGACGGAUAUCAACACGGCAAGGACCUGUGGAGCGUCUAUGGAAAGAAGCUCGGCUUGAUCCCUAAGAAGCCUAGCAAGCGCGUCUGGUUCCGCUCCAGUGAUUCAGCCCUCACCCAGGCCUCAGCCGGUGUGGUCCUGCGUGGCAUGUGGCCCAAGUACAAGGGAGCUCUUCCCCUGCACCAGAUGGUUUCGUCCGUCAACACUGUCAACAGUGGAUACUCUUGCCCUGCUGUCGGUGCUACUCUGUCGAGCAUCAAGACUACCGAGCACUGGAACGAGCAUCUGGCUGUCACUGAGGAACUGCGCUCCAAGCUUGGUGCUAUGUUUGGCGCGACCGAUAACGCGUGGCAGGGUACCUUCGACCACUUUGCCGAUAACUUCCAGGGUCGUCUUUGCAACGGUUACAGACUGCCUUGCAAUGUCUCUGAUUCCUCGGACUGUGCCACCAUGGAGAUGGCCGAGCAGGUCUUCCGUGCUGGUGAUUGGGAGUGGAACUACUACUGGCGCAACAACCCAGAAGUCGUCAAGUACAUCCAGGCUGUCAAGGGCUUGUUCAUUAGCGAGAUCAUUGGCCGUCUGCAGGCUGUCGUGGACGGAAAGUCUUCCAUUGAUUACAGCCACAUCUUCAUUCACGAUGGCGAUAUCGGUCCUAUGCUCGGUGCUCUUGGAAUCGACACUCUUCGCUGGCCCGGUAUGGCAUCUAACAUUGCCUUUGAGAUCUGGGAGACACAAGAUAGAAAGGGAAAGCACGGAAAGUAUGAGAAGUCCUACUACGCCCGUGUUCUGUACAGUGGCCACCCCAUUCGCACCAUCCACGGUGUUCUUGACUGGGUCCCUGUCUCGCAGCUCAUUGAUAUCCUGAAGGUCUACGUUCCUGAGGAUAUCAAGACUCUCUGUGGAUAA